GGACAGUCUACAAAGCGCCUCGUCGGCCUCAUGGGCGCCAUUUUCCCAUGAGAUCAUUGUCAACUCUUUGAGCUCUUAGCACGAGGCUUGCGCAGGAUAAGCCAUGUCUUCUUGCCUUUGACGAUUUACUCAGGCCCGAACGCUCUUUGACGACUAGAUUCUCUGCGAAAGCCAUGAGGCUAAUCUUUGACGAGCAUGAGCGUCCCUUCGACGCUUGAACGUCUUUUUCAUCAGUGCCCACACCGUGAGGGUAUAUAAGGCGCUCAGUUGAUCCUGCAUUGGCCGCCACGCCUUCACCGCCAACUACCCUCUUACUCGACCAAGUUAGCGACCCCCGAGCCUCGUCCUAUCCUCUCCUAGAUCGUCUCGCCAUGUCCCAACUUACUAUUUCCGCUCUUGAGCACAACGUCACCGCGCUGUCUAUCAGUGACGCUACCUCUUCGGCUGAGCUUCGUUCCGCGGCAGAUGAGGACGACGUGCUGUCCUGCGCGGACGCGCUCAUGCGCAUCGCAGAAUCAAAUACCAGUGUGUUGACGCAGGCCUCGCUCGAUGGGUUGGAUAGUCUAGCCGCGAGCACAUCCACAUCGAGCCACCACCCGUCUGGCACGUCGGACUCACCUGUGCCGUCUACCCCGGAUGAUUCCGUGCAGAACCUGUCGAGUCCGUCUGCAUCGCUCGCGCCUCCGACCGCUACUGCAUCCCGCAGGGCUCGCGGGCCGUGGCAGGACCCACUUCAUCCACAGAACGCCUUUCAUUAUUACCGCUCGCUCUUAAUCAGCUUACGGCGAGCUUAUGAUGCCGGAGCGCAAGCCCAGCGCGAGGACGAGCAAGGCAUUAAGGAGGCGGACGAUGCGCAGAUCCCCACGGGCGACGAUCCGUGCGCUAAAGCGACUGAUAGUACCAGUGCCUCGUCCAAACGCGCACUUGAGGUUUCGCGCGAUGCGAGGAAGAUAUGGCGACCCAUGUCUGGGGAGGAAAAGAUGUAUCACGACCAGGCGGCGGACCCUUCCCAGACGUUCAUCAUGCAGAUGGGACACACGUCCACCGCAGUCCCAUGCUUCCAGCCUAUGUAAUACACCUACAAUGUGGAUAACUGUCUACAUCGGCUAUAGUUCCUCCUUGUCCUUCUUGGCCGAUAGUAUUUUUCGAUGUAAAAUAGAAUACUGUAUAUCGAACGUUGCAAUUGCUUGGCCUUGCUUGCUAUCU